AUGGCUGCACAGGAGCAGAAGAUUUUUGCCUACGAAACCUUGGCUGCUGUCACCAAGAAUUUUAGUGAUAUUCAUAAGCUAGGUGAGGGAGGUUUUGGACCUGUCUACAAGGGGAAGCUGAAUGAUGGGAGAGAGAUUGCUGUGAAGAAGUUAUCACACACUUCAAAUCAAGGGAAGAAGGAAUUCAUGAAUGAAGCCAGGUUGUUGGCUCGUGUGCAGCAUCGGAAUGUGGUCAAUUUAGUGGGCUAUUGUGUCCAUGGCAACGAAAAGCUACUUGUUUAUGAGUAUGUUGCUCAUGAAAGCCUAGACAAGCUUCUUUUCAAAUCACAAAAGAGAGAGAAGCUUGAUUGGAAACGAAGGUUGGGCAUAAUCACAGGCGUGGCAAAGGGGUUACUUUAUCUGCACGAAGACUCUCACAAUUGCAUCAUCCAUCGCGACAUCAAGGCGAGUAACAUCUUGCUUGAUGACAAAUGGACGCCCAAGAUUGCAGAUUUUGGCAUGGCCCGUCUCUUCCCCGAAGAUCAAAGCCAAGUCAAUACACGUGUGGCUGGAACCAAUGGAUACAUGGCUCCGGAAUAUGUUAUGCAUGGAAAUCUAUCAGUGAAGGCAGACGUAUUUAGUUAUGGAGUUUUGGUGUUGGAGUUGAUCACCGGCCAAAGAAACUCUUCUUUUAAUUUGGAUGUGGACGCGCAGAAUCUGCUUGAUUGGGCAUACAAGAUGUACAAGAAAGGGAAGAGCUUAGAAAUUGUGGACUCGACGUUAGCAGCUACGAUGGUAGGUGAAGAGGUGGCCAUGUGCAUUCAGCUGGGUUUGUUAUGCACACAAGGCGAUCCACAGCUACGUCCCACAAUGAGGCGUGUGGUGGUGAUGCUGUCGAGGAAGCCAGGCCAGAUGCAAGAACCAACAAGACCAGGAGUACCUGGUUCCAGAUACAGAAGACCUCGGAGACACUCUGCAUUGUCUUCCACAGUGGGUACUUCUGGUGCCUCUGAUUCACACACUUCUGAUUCAAGUAAUAAUUAUACCACUGUUACCACCAGUGCCACAGGGACUAGCUCUGCUACUGUUGAAACAGACCCCAAAGGUAAACGUCCAAUGCGGGAGGGUUAG